GAGAGAGUUGUCUGUUUCAAUUACCGCAGCAGCACAGCGCGCGCGCUUCCCAGCUGCAGCUUCUGGAAGGAAAAAAAAAAAAAAAACGACUUUCUGUAGUCAUUCCUGAAGCUUUGUAUUACUGCGUCUAGGAGACAGUCAAGCCAAGCCGUGUUUGGGAUAACCGUCUUCUUUAGAGGACAGUGUUUAUGGUUUGGACUGAAGAUAUCAGCAUGUCUCGUACCGACGAGGUCCACCGCGUUACGGAGAAUGUCUACAAGACCAUCAUGGAGCAGUUUAACCCCUGCUUGCGGAACUUUGUUGCCAUGGGGAAGAACUACGAGAAAGCUCUCUCGACUGUGACGUUUGCAGCCAAGGGCUACUUCGAUGCUCUAGUGAGGAUGGGCGAGCUGGCCAGUGAGAGCCAGGGAUCCAAAGACCUUGGGGACGUCCUCUUUCAGAUGGCCGAGGUCCACCGGCAGAUCCAAGUGCAGCUGGAGGAAAUGCUGAAGUGCUUCCACACCGAGCUUCUUUCAGAGCUAGAAAAGAAAGUGGACCUGGAUGCCAGAUACCUGACUGCAGCUCUGAAGAAGUACCAGAUGGAGCACAAGAGCAAAGGCGAGAGCCUGGAGAAAUGUCAGGCCGAGCUGAAGAAACUGCGUAGGAAGAGCCAGGGCAGCAAGAACCCAUCCAAAUACAACGACAAGGAGCUGCAGUAUGUAGAGACCAUCAACACUAAGCAAAACGAGCUGGACACCUUCAUCGCAGAGGGCUACAAAACAGCCCUGUCAGAGGAGCGCAGGAGAUACUGCUUCCUGGUGGACCGCCAGUGCGCUGUGGCCAAGAACAGCAGUGCCUACCACGGCAAGGGCAAGGACCUGCUCACCCAAAAGAUCCCAGUCUGGCAGCAAUCCUGCUCAGAUCCCAACAAGAUCCCAGAAAGGGCCAUGUUACUGGUGCAGCAGAUGAUGUCUGGCUCAAACCCCCUUCUCUCCAGCCCGCUGCAUUCCUCUAAGGGCAACCUGGUCAUCUCAGACCCGAUCCCUGGUGCUCAGCCGCUGCCUGUGCCCCCUGAGCUGGCGGCCCUCAUGGGCCACCCAGGGAGACUGAUGGGGCCUGAUGGCAUGUCUUUGGUCAAUGGUACGACAGGACUGCAAGGGGAGGAGUACUGGGGUGAAGGGGGCGUGUCCCAGGGUAGACCUGCCUCCCCACAGCCUCAGUCUCAGACUCAGCCGCAGAGGCAGGUCAGCGAGGUUUACUCCAACACCCUGCCUGUCCGCAGACCCCAGCCUGUUAAGAACAAGGCCACCGUGGGCGAGACACGAACUUUGCCCCGGUCAAGCUCCAUGGCAGCGGGACUGGAGAAAAACGGCCGCUCACGUGUGCAGGCCAUCUUCUCUCACGCUGCCGGUGACAACAGCACACUGCUCAGCUUUACCGAGGGCGACAUUAUCACACUGCUGGUGCCUGAAGCUCGAGAUGGUUGGCAUUAUGGAGAAAACGAGAAGAACAAGAUGCGAGGCUGGUUCCCCUUUUCCUACACACGAGUGUUACCUGACAGUGACGGUGACAAACUGCGAGUUAAUCUGCAUCACGGAAAGAGCAGCAGCACGGGGAACCUGCUGGAGAGAGACGACACGUCUCUGCCCAUGCCUGACUAUGGUCUGACCGCUCGUCUGUUGGCUCAGAGCCUCACACAGAACCGCCCGCGUCCCUACAGCAUGGCUGGCUUCACACAGUUUGGGUCCUGAAUUGUCCCGGUUCUGAGUGUACAGGACCUCCGUAAGUCACCUGCCUCCAUCGUUGCUCAGCCAAAACUAUCAUGUCCUCCCUUUCGCUCAUUUUCCCCUCUGCUCUCAUUGGUUGUCUGGCGUAUAAUUGGGGGAGUGGGGCUUCUCUGUUAUUUCUUUUUUCUUUUUUUUUUCUCCUUCAUUCUGUCACCGGCCUCUCUGGUUGGUUCUCUUUCCUUGUGGUGUAAUUUGUACCAGCCAAUCAGACAGGUCAUUCGUUGCCAGAAGGUGGUGUUUUCAUGGAGGCAAAAUGUUGGCACUGGAGGUAACUCGAAAUCUAACUCUAAUGCAUGCCUAAUCAAUGCCUAACAAUAUGUGUACACUAGCACUUAAUCGACAAGGUCUUGUUUCAUUUGCAUGCUUGCUCAAAACACCCUCCAUAGAAGAAGUACUUUUGUUCAUAAGUAUAUGUCAAAUGAAUCACUGUAUGCCUUUCAGCAGUACUCUUUAUCUUGACCAAAUUUACUUAUACUCUGUAGUUUGUAGUGCAUAGAUACAAACUUUGCCUGCUUAUGUGAUUGGCAUGCCCAUGGUGACUGCUUCACACACUGAUGAUAUCUGUUGACCCCCUCUCCUUCCAGUGACCGCUCCCUGGAGGUCUACCUCAGGUCAAGCUUGAUGGACGGCCACACAGUUCCACUCUUCUACUAACGCAGCCUGUUCUCAGGCCUGCUCUCCAACCUCCUGAAAUAAUACACGGAGCUACAUGCUUAAGACUCUUUAGGGCAACUGGGGAUAAAGCCCUGGAUCCAUAACUCGGGCUUCUAGGAAUUAAACAAGUGUUCUGUAUAGCUUUCUAAACUUUGCUGUAUAGUUCUGCAGAAUUCUCGGCUUCAAAGCUGCUCUGAAGAGAAAUUAUUUGUGUCUCUGGGGAAGGAAAGAUCAGUGCUCUUAUUGAAUCAGUCCUAUAAUGGUGAUAUACAGUCUUAUGCGUUGGUUAAUGGUUUUAAUACAAAAUAAUUUUGGAAAGAAAGCUAGUUAUAUUUUAAAAAGGCAAAUGGCAUACCCAUGUGAAAAUGUAAUGAUUGGAUAUAGAUUUUUUUUCCUUUUAUCCCUUAUUUUUAAUUGUGGUAAGGUUAGAGCUUCAGUUUAUAUUAGAUGUUGAAUAAAAAGUGAUCUUAUUUUCACUUCUGUAACUAAGGCUUUCCGCUGCCAUUGCUUAUAGGCGCUGUAAAUUAAGGCUUUGUUUUGGGGCACUAGUGGGUUAAUGGUAAAGACACUGAGGUUCUGAUCAAUUCAGCAUUCCAAAAACCACUGUCUGGCCCUUGAGCGAGUUUCUUAAUCCAUAAACUCCCAACUAAGUUGUGAGUUGCUAUGAAUAAAAGUGUUCACCAACUUAAUAAAUGUACUUGUGGGGAGAAACUUAAUCUGGCACCUCCAUACUAAAGACACUUGAGUAAUCAAAGUGUUACUUCAUUUGUCUCUCUUGCAUCAACGUAAAGCUCUAGUAGUCUCUGUUUGUGUGUUUCCUGGCAGUGAAGCCUCUACAAUGCAUUUUCCACCAGGUAAUUGUGCCUUCUAUUGUUUUAGAUGUUUUUUUUUUUCAUUAAAGAAAAAAGUAAGUGUCCAGAUGUUUAUAGGCAAAGGGAAAAUGUUCAGAAUGUUUGUAUAAAUGUUUGCUUUUUAGUUUUUUGUCAUUUUUUUAUUAUAGACACCACAAACUCAUGAACAUUUUGUGUUAAUAAAUAUGUAGAAAACAAAUUUCAAUAUAAACAAUUCUAUUUGUUCUCA